GUGAGUGAAGUUGAUGUCACCAUUACCAGGAGGACCAGAUGGGAACAGUUUGUGUGUGUUACUCCAGCUCCCAGCACUGUGCUGUCCCCUGAAGGCUCCAGGCAGGCUCUGUCGGGCUGGGCCCUCUUACAUGCAGUGAAAAGUUACUUCUUGUGCUCAGUAACUGUAUUUCUUGAUUCUUAGGGACUCUGAGCAGGCUGAUAUAAAAUAUUUAUCUAAAUGGAAGAAGUGGAAGAAAGCUAGCAGUAAAUCAUUGAGAAAAGUCCUCAGUGAAGCCAAGGGGUUGUCAUCUUAUCUGGUGCUUUGGCGACGUGAUAUUCACAGCAUUGAAGGGACAUUUGGUACUGGCAUCCAGUCCUACUUCUCCUUCCUGCGUUUUCUGGUCCUGCUGAAUUUUAUAAUUUUUAUCCUGAUGUUCAGUUUUGUUACUCUUCCCACCAUCAUUUCUGACUACAGAAUAUUCAACAGUACCGUUGCUAACAUUUCUCCAAAGAACAUAGAGUAUAACUGCACAAUUUAUGAACCUGGUGGUAAUAAGGGACUUGUUUACUUCUAUACUUACCUCCAAGAUUUGCUCAGUGGCACUGGAUUCCUUGAACUGACAAGAUUGUUCUAUGGCUAUUACACAGUAGAUACUGUAUGGAUCAGUGUCAUGAGGUACAAUUUGCCCCUGGCAUACCUCCUGGCUACAUUUGCCUACCUUGCAUUAAGUCUCCUCUGGAUAAUAAAAAGGUCUGUGGAAGGAUUUAAGCAGAGCUUAGUGCAUAAUGCAGACCCAUUUCAGACUUACUGUAACAAAGUCUUUGCAGGCUGGGACUUCUGCAUUACAGAUCCAAACGCAGCUCGGCUAAAACAUCGUAGCUUGCGAUAUGAGCUCCAGAUGGACUUGGAGGAAGAAAGACUGAAGCAAAAAAUUGCUGACAGGACAAUAAAAGAAAAGCUACGCAUCUACUCUCUGAGAAUAUUUAUAAAUAUAAUUGUUAUUGCCAUUUUAUCAGGAUGUUUUUAUUCUAUUUAUAGAGUGACUGUCUUCUCUCAAGAAAAGUCCAAUGACAUCAGCAAUACGAACUUCUUGGCUAAUCUCUUAGUGCAGUAUUUGCCUUCAAUAGUGAUCACAUUGUCCAACUUCAUUGGUCCUCAGAUCUUCUCAUUUCUAAUCAGAUUUGAAGAUUUUUUACCAGCCUUUGAGAUCACACUGACACUCAUGAGGUGUGUCUUCCUGCGUUUGGCCAACAUUGGUGUUCUCUUGUUCUCUCUGUGGAGUCAGAUCUCUGACUGUGCCGCUGACAAGUGUGAGCCCUGUGGAUACAAUUACAAACUCUAUCCUUGCUGGGAAUCUGAUGUUGGACAAGAAAUGUAUAAACUGAUGAUAUUUGAUUUUAUUAUAAUUCUGGCUGUGACCCUGUUUGUGGACUUUCCUAGAAAGUUGUUAGUUACUCAUUGCUCCUGCAAGCCACUUCAGUGGUUUGGAUUGCCGGAAUUUAGAAUUUCUGACAAUGUCCUUGAAAUCAUUUAUGGGCAGACUAUUUGCUGGAUUGGAACCUUCUUUUCACCACUUCUCCCUGCAAUAGCAACCGUUAAAUACUUCAUCAUUUUUUACAUUAAAAAGAUCAGUCUGAUACACACACAGAAACCUGCAGAUAAGCCUAUCAGGGCAUCAAGUUCCAAAUUUUUCUUCCUGGCCGUGCUGUUGAUUGGGCUCCUCUUGGCUUUUAUUCCUGUGGGAGUCAGCAUAGCAAGUAUCCCCUCCUCCAAGGCAUGUGGGCCAUUCAGGAAUUUUAACACUUCAUGGGAAAUUGUUCCAGAUACAAUACGUGGAUUUCCAAAAGGUCUGCAGCAGGUCCUUUUUGGCAUGGCAUCAGAAGCCUUUGCAGUGCCUCUUUUUAUGGUCAUUUGCCUCGUUAUGUUCUAUGUCAUGGCCUUGGCUGGAGCGCACAAACGAGUGGUUGAGCGGCUGGAAGAACAACUGGCUUUGGAGAGUCGUGACAAGAUGUUCCUAAUCAGGAAGAUAACAGAAGCUAAGAGGCAACCUUGAAAACCACGAAAGCCAGAAGAGCUUGACUUCCUGAAACUCACAGAACCACAAGAUAAGAAUAGAAGAGUCUGCAGCACCAAAAAAUUGAGCAUCUGAUUGGCACCCUGGCACUGCAGACUGUGGAAUAUGGAUGCUUGUGGUCUUAGUCUUGAUUGAGCUAGUGGGGCCUGAAGUUUCCAAAACUGGAAAUUCAGCUAAUUUAUACUGUGUGAGACCUGUUCAAAAAGGCUGUGUGGUAGGACACUUCAUUGCUGCUAUAGUUUCAGGUUUGUUGGGGUUUGUUAAGUCCCCGUUUUUCCAAGGAGUUUGGGUAAAAUGUGAUCAUAACGGAAACUCUUUUGUACUGUUUUUACAAAUUAUGCUCUAAG